GAGAUGGAGAGAGAGAACAGCUCAGUUGUAACAGAAUUCAUUCUCCUUGGUCUGACUCAAUCACAAAAUAUUCAGCUACUCAUCUUUGUGCUGAUUUUAAUUUUCUACCUUAUUAUCCUCCCUGGAAAUUUACUCAUCAUCUUUACCAUAAGGUCAGACCCUGGCCUCUCAGCCCCCCUCUACUUCUUUCUGGGAAACUUGGCUUUCCUGGAUGCAUCCUACUCCUUCAUUGUGGCUCCCAGGAUGCUGAUGGACUUCCUUUCUGAGAAGAAGAUAAUCUCCUACAGAAGCUGCAUUGCUCAGCUUUUCUUCUUGCACUUCCUUGGAGGAGGGGAAGAACUGCUCCUUGUGGUGAUGGCCUUUGAUCGCUACAUUGCCAUUUGUCGACCUUUGUACUAUUCAACUGUCAUGAACCCUAGAGUCUGUUAUGCCUUAGUGUUUGGUCAGUGGCUUGGAGGCUUUAUCCACUCCAUUAUCCAGGUAGCAAUCAUCCUCCGUUUACCCUUCUGUGGCCCAAAUGAACUAGAUAAUUUCUUCUGUGAUGUGCCUCAGAUUAUCAAGUUGGCCUGCACGGAUACCUUUGCAGUGGAACUCUUGAUGGUUUUCAACAGUGGUCUCCUCACUCUUCUCUGCUUCCUGGGACUUCUUGCCUCCUACGCAGUCAUUCUCUGCCAUGUCCAUGGGUCUGCUGGUGAAGGGAAGAGCAAGGCGAUAUCCACAUGCACCACUCAUAUCAUCGUUAUAUUUCUUAUGUUUGGACCUGCCAUCUUCAUUUACACGCGUCCAUUCCGAGCCUUGCCAGCUGACAAGGUGGUUUCUUUUUUCCACACAGUCAUCUUCCCACUGAUGAAUCCUGUGAUUUAUACUCUCCGCAAUCAGGAAGUGAAAGCUUCUAUGAAGAAAUUGCUAAUUCGGCAUGUAGUGUGCUGA